CUAACCUCAAAUAGAAAUCAAGUAAUUAUGGAAAAUUUUGAAUUAAUAAAGCAAGGUGCAGAAGGAAGAAUAUUUAAAGGGUUGUAUUUAGGAAAGCCGAGUAUUAUAAAGGAAAGGUUUGAGAAGAAGUAUAGACACAGAGAGUUGGAUAAUCAUUUGACCAAGGAACGGAUCAAAGCAGAAAGUAAGGCUAUAACAAAAUGUAGAUCGAUUGGCAUUAGGACACCCUCACUAUAUUUAGUGGACUUCAAUAGAAGAAUGAUUUUCAUGGAAUAUUUCGAGGCCAGUAUUACAGCCAAAGAAUUUAUUUGUACAGCAAGCAAUGAAUUCAUAGAGAGGAUCAGUGAGGAUAUUGGAAUUGCUUUGGCCAAGAUGCAUUCCAAUAAUGUUGUUCAUGGAGAUUUGACUACAUCUAAUAUUCUGUUGAUCAAUAAGCACAAUAAGAUGGAUUUUAAUAAAUAUGAGGAUCUGGAGAUGGUUCUAAUUGAUUUUGGAUUAGCGCACAUUGAAUCCAGUGCUGAGGACAAGGGUGUUGAUCUGUAUGUACUGGAGAGGGCAUUAUUGAGUACCCACAGUAUAGCUGAGCAAAUAUUUCCAAAUAUAUUAAAAUCUUAUAAAAACGCAUACAAAAAUUGUAAAGAAGUCAUUCAGAAGUUUGAAGAUGUAAGAGCUAGGGGUAGGAAGCGAACGAUGGUCGGCUGAUCUACAAGU